CGGGGGAGGGCCGAGGGCUGGAAGAGCCGCGGCGGGGCGGCGCGCGUGCGCGGCACGGGAGGCGGAGGCGGGGGAAAAUGGCGGACGGCAGAGCUGAGGGGGAGAAGGCGAAGCGGCCGCAGCCCGGAGGAGGACCUGAAGAAGAGGCAGAAAAACCUGUGAAAACUAAGACUGUUUCUUCCAGUAAUGGAGGAGAAAGUUCGAGUCGCAGCGCAGAGAAACGGGCAGCUAAUGAAGAAGCUGAAGACUUCACCACAAAGCCUGCUCCUGCCAAAAUGUCCAAGUUUGGAUUUUCCAUAGGCAGUCAGACAGCAAAGAAGGCAUCUGCAAUAUCCAUCAAACUAGGAGCAAAUAAGCCUAAAGAGCCUGUUCCAACCCUUGCUCCAAAAACCCUUUCCGUAGCAGCAGCUUUCAAUGAAGAUGAAGAUAGUGAACCAGAAGAAAUGCCUCCAGAAGCCAAGAUGCGUAUGAAGAACAUUGGAAGGGAUACACCAACCUCAGCAGGACCAAAUUCCUUCAAUAAAGGAAAGCAUGGUUUUUCUGACAACCAGAAGCUAUGGGAACGAAAUAUAAAAUCUCAUCUUGGAAAUGUCCAUGACCAAGAAAAUAACUAAAUGAUGUGGAUUGAGAGUCGGGUGUUUGGGGGGAGGGGAGGGUGUAACAUUAAAGGAACAGUUUCCUUUUUUAAGAAUGGUAUAAGACUAUCUUUGGAGCCACUUUUUUAAGAUUUUGAGUGGUACACUAAUAACUGAGUUUGAAAUUAGAGGUAAUUUAUGUUUUGUAUACAGAUUUCAAGGCAUUUGCUAAUUUUGUAGUUCCAUGUGAUUAGUUUCAAAAGGUUACAGAUAAUAAAGAAAUUGGAGUGGUACCUUUUUAAGAUUUUUUUUUUUUUUUUUUGGUCAGUGAUUAAGGUGGAUGAAAAAGGUUACUGUCUCUUUAAUCAGGUUAACAUGGAAUGCUCUCGCAUUCUCACUUCUGGCUCCCUCUUCAUAACAGGAGAAACAGUUGACUUCCAGGAAUACUGCUAAAGAGAGUGAGCGUUGUCUUGUGCUAGAAGUGUUACUGGACUAUUCAUUUGAAUAUAAACUUAUGCAGGAAAUUAUAAGAACCUGGAUUUUUUUUCCUCCCUGCAGUCACCUUUUGUUAAGUCUCUGCAAACUAGGAAUUAUGUUUCUCUGAGUGGCUCUGGUAACUUAGUUCUAAUUUUGUUUAAAACUUCAUGUAGGAUGUGUAACCUUCUGUGGCCUGUUUCACCCUAAGGGAAUGGGCCUUGUUUGUAUAUUAGAUACAGUCUGUAAAGAAUAUUCACUACAAAGGUAAAUCAGUAUUUUCAGUGUGCUCCUCUUAAAUCAUUAGCCUUGAGUAGUGCUUGUUAGCAUUUCCUUGUGGCACACAAAAGCCACCACCAAAAAGACAAGCUAAUGUACAUUAAGCUUCACAUUUGGUUGAAAUAUUUUUCUUUACUAUGCCUAGAAGGAAUAAAAGCCACACCAAAAAUCAGUAACUCACUGCUUAAGUAUGAAAAAUCUGAGAUGCACUUUCCCUGUCUUGCCAUUUAAAACAAAAUGCCUUGAUGCCUGUGACCUCAGUGGACACUAUCAGGUUAAAGAAGGAUACUGUAUUUGCAGUCCUCAUGCUUCUAACAAGUGUCAACUUCAGAAAUAAAACUCAACCUUUUCCUACCUGUCUGCCUUUUGCAGUAAUUUUCAACAAUGACAUUAGUCUGGUCAGUUUAAUUUCCUACCUUUCGUACUGGAGAACAUACUGCUGUAGGAUUUCAAACCUAGUAACGACUGUCUAAAUUUCAGUCUAAUUUAGAUUACAUAUUUUUAAAACAUUUUACUAGCAGAACUGGUUAAACAGAAAGUUAUCAACAGCAACACCACGAUCUUCACCCCCCCAAACAAACAUAAGGUUCUUUUUAAACUCAAAAUACCUGAUAGUGUCGACCACUAAAUUGAUUUAAGCCUGGAACUGGUCAUAGAAUUCAAUAUGUUAAUUGCUUUCAUCCUGCCUCUAAAACCUUUCUUAAUGCUAAAGUUGAACCUGUGAGUGCAGAAAGGAAAGUGCAUCUUGAAGUGUAUUUUUUUUUUAUUAUUAUUUUAGGAAAGCUCUGACCACUUAGACUUUUGAGUUUGUAAGUUCUAAAAAAUAUUUUUUUGUAUUUUUGUAUUGUAUGUGUAAUCUUUCUUCUUUUGAAGUCUGAUGCAGUUGAAUACCUGUAACUAUUUUCUUUAAAAGCCUUGUUAUAAACGUAACAUAAAAACGUAUACAUUAUUUUUUUCCAUAGCAGAAAUCUUUGGUUUAUUUAAAACAAAACAAAACACUCUUUCAAAACUGACUUUCAGGACUUCCAAAACUGAUUUGGGCAUUACUGGAACCAGGCAAGGCAAAAUGAAGCAUUUGCUUUUCACUUACUUUUAUCACCUGUGGUUAUGUUUGUUGAAAUAAAUCCCUUUAAGAUAGUGGUAA